UGCCGAAACACCUAUCGUUUCUCUAAUCCCACCACGCCUAUUAUCUACCCAAGGCUGGCAUAGUUUCUCUCCAAUCCUAAAGGAGCAUCGAACGCUAGAUUAAGCACAGGACCUUGCACGCUCGAUCGUAUAAAAAGAGGCCCGAGGUCACGCAAAAAUUUCAUAAAAUCGUCAAAACUUCCACAGAGCCUAUUCUUUUCGAUGCAUGGCUUCUGUAGCCAUCCUAAGCGAGAGGCGAUCGUGUCGAUCGCUCGAGCGGACCGCAUGAUAUAUAAAAGAGCUCGGCUGAUUUCGUCGCGAUUACAGUAGAACCGAAAGUGUUUCCGUGAGCUGGCGUGUCCCGAACGGCAUCCAGCAAAACGACCCAGAACAACGAGAAUACUAUUAUCUAUCCAACAUGUAUAUAAUUUAAAUUGAAAUCUUCAAUUUUGGAAGAACAAUUAGAAUGUUAAAAUGAGGCUAACGUGUAUAUAAUUUAAAUUCAAUUCAUUUGAAUUCAAAAUUCAAAAUUCAAAAUUCAAAAUUCGGCAUUCAAAAUUCAAAAUUGAAAUCGAAUAAGUUUUGGAGCCAAAAUAAAUUAUUGGUCAUUUCACCAAGAAAAUGAGAAUCUUCAGAGAGUGGCAUACUAUUAAUGCAGCGUUCUGCAUAUAUGUGUACUCGACGAUCAUAAUCAGUAUCACGCAAGCUGAUAAAUUGCAUCAUGACGUUUGGGAGAGAUACGAAUCAAAAAGUAUUGAGAAGAAACAAGCUUUCAAAGAAAGCGAUGACGAACCAUCCUAUAGAACGAGCUUUCAGAAGAUGUUGAUCCCCAUAAAAGAACCACGUGUGGAUAAGAAUUUCCGAAUGUUUCGAAUGCCUUUGGAGCCAGACGCGGAGAUACUGCCGGCUCACUACACAGGUGUCAAGCCUCCCGGAGUUGAUCAUAUGGAACUGAAACACGCAGACUCUCAAAUUUCUCAAACCGUUCCCAAAAUUGAAUCUUUGAAGAAGUUUGAACAGGCCGGUAAUCAACAACUGUCUAAAAACCAAGAAUCUGCGAGUGUAACUGGUGAAAAGGGAUAUCAGAAGGCCUCUUCGUUUGAGAAAGCAUAUAAAGGUGACAGCUUGAAGAAAAAAGAGAAGACACGAUAUAUUGAAGCCGGUGGAAAGAAGAAAGUUCACGAGAAUAGGGAAAACAAUUCAGGUCAAAGGGCAGAACAGAUUGGAAGUAAGAAAGGAGGCAAACAUAAAAAGAAAGACAGCAGUCAGGUGGAUCACAAGGCAGCUGGUUAUCGUAACGUUUAUCACAAAGACGAGUAUAAGAAGAAUCAUGAUUUUUACGAUAAUGAUGAUCACGGCGGUCAUUCGAAGGAACAUGGAAGAUAUAAAGAGAAAUACGUUACUAUCGAAGGCAAAUUCAAGAAGGGUGACGCUCACGAUUUCAGCUUCGACGAAUCAGAACUUCGUAAGCGGAAAAUAUCGGGGAACUCCCAAGCUGGUGGAGAAACCAAAGGUCACAAGGCUCGGCGUAGUUACGGUUGAUUCUUUAAAAAUUGCCAGGGAUUCGCAAAGCAGGCAAACAGAAAGGUCGGUGAGAGGUUUGGCUUUGGUCAAAUGGAAGCGCGUUAACUCGCGUGCGCUUUUCACGGAGGCUGAAACCAUUUGCGUGUACAGAAAGAGCGUAGAUCUUAUUUGUUAAAAUAAAUUGAAAAUGUGUUGUGAUUCGUUGCUGCUUUAUGAAUAUGCCUGUAUUUAAUUUAUUACGCGUUAGUUUACCCUGCAAACAUAUUGAUAUUUAUAAUGCGAUAAGUCGAUAAUUGAGAGAGAUUGUAUUAUAUGUGCUAAUUAAUUGUUUAGGUAUUGCGAUAUAUUUGGGUAAUUACAACGCAAUUUGUAGAUCGAUAUUACUGUGAAGUUUCUUCAAUUUUUACAAAUUGCUACCUAUUUUGUAUGUUAAAGAUGGACCUAUAUGUUAUAUAUGAAUAUCUUUUAUAUUAUAUUAUAAAAUAUUCCACAUCGUGACAUGUUUCUUUUAAUUUGAUAUAUUUGUACAAUUAUUAAUGUACGGUUGAUGAACGUAUUUGAUUUCAUCUUCUUCAUUCUGGAUUUUAUGUUUCGUAUUUAAUUAAAAACGCUUUAUACUUGAAGGAAAUUUUUACAAGAAAGAUACUCCACGUUUAAAAACACUCGCUUUAAGAUGGAAGGAAAAUUCGUUUACAUUUGUGGAACAUAUAUUUCCGUCCAUUUCUCUUCACCUUAACCGGGAUAGCAACCUUCCUAGCGAUCUAGAAUUUCUCAUUUCGAGUGUCAUUGAUUCGACAGGCGAAUCUGGAAAUCCAAAAUACACUCUCGCAUUUGCCGCUGCUUCAUCAGGAACGUAUUGUUCAGUUUCCUUUUUUCAUCGCUGGUUUUAUUUAUAUGAUGCACGGGAUCCCCUCGUUUUACGUGUCAGCAAGCCCUUGAUUAAUGGAUAUUAAUAAUGCUCGGCAUUGUUACACCGAUAAAUUGUAAUCUUUCGGUGUAUCGGAUGAAGUGAGAAUAAAAGAGAAUAAUUGAUGCAAGCACGUUUACUUUUAUAUAUAGAUAUAUGUACAUAUAUAUAAAUAAAUAUAUAUACAUAUAGCAUUGUCUCGUUAUCUUUGUUCGAACAUACGAUAGUCUACAGUCCUCGUGUACCUGUGAAUGCUUCUAAAUUGAGUAAGCAGGUUUGUUUUCUCUUGGAAGUGUUAUUUUUAGAGAUUUAUAGCGCGUUUGGUUUAGAUCGCGAUAUAAUAACAACCAUCAUAUUUUCAUAUUAUUGAUGGAUAUUACAUAAUAUGUACUUUUAUGCUCGAACUUUUUAUGUCUUAAAGUUGCUUUCGUUUCGAGCGAAAAAAGAGCUUUCAGUGUUUCAAAAGAAUUUUCUACGUGAGAUGGAAACAAAAGAUCAGGCAUGUGAACAACGAUUCUUUCUUAUCUACCAAUAAACACGAAGUUUAUAAAAAAACUGCCUAGUUACUCUAAAAGAA